AUGGCAUUGGGGAAGAAGAGAAUCGUUACACAGAAGUCGAAUUUGAAGCAUCGUCGUGAUAUUGAUGACGGAGGAUUAGGGUUAGGUUUAGAGCUUGUACAGUACAAGAAAGGAUUUGGGAGAAAAAGGAUUCUAAUUUCAUCAGGUGAUGAGAUUGGAGAUUCGAUUUUCACUUCACCUGUCGGAAAAAUCUCAUCGAAGAAGCUCUGCGAUAUAAGUUCGAUUGCAAAUGGUCAAAGUCUAGAGCUUGAAGAUCUUCCACAAGAUAUUCUGGUGAGGAUAAUCUGUGGGGUUGAGCAUGAAGACUUGAAGCAGUUGUUUCAUGUUUCAAAGACAACAAGAGAAGCUACAUUGAUCGCAAAGCAGUCUUAUUUUGCGUAUAAUACACCUCGGAAAACUUCGGUUUCCCACAACGGCAGAUUCAGUUUGGAAAAACCGUUUGAUGUAGAGAAUGAUGAUGAUGAUACUGAAGCCCCAGGAGCUCCAUUGCAGAAAAGGUGCCGCCUUUCACGGAUAAACUGCGAUAAGGAGGAUUUUUCUGGAGUCUCAGUGGCUCUGUUCAACUGA